AUGCCAGAAGCCUUCCUUCCAUUUGGCGCUCCUUCCAGCAAAACUGUUCUCUUCGUCGCCACCGAGUAUGGAACUGUAUUCGACGCGCCUGUGACAAUUGGUAAUCAUAAAUCGCUCGUUGAUCCCGGUAACAAGAAUACCUAUGUCAUGCAAAACAGCUAUACUUGCAUCAGCUGCACCUCCAACCUCGCCACCUCCGAGGAAGAUUACCUCCACUCCAAUAAAACCUACCACAAAUCCAAGAUCCUCCAGCCCACCCGCAGCCAAAUCUUUGGCGUCGGUUAA